CAAAGUUUAUUAUGCUGAAGAACAGCAAGAGUUUUUGCCAUACAAUUCUUUUCUGUGAAGUUGGCUGAGAACAAAAUUAUAAUUCAGGGAAUAUGUCGAUCGUUCCAAGGACUCACGAUUGCUACGAGCACUACGAGCUCAAGGCCUUCGAGAAGCUCUUCUCUUGUGACGGUUGCAAGAUGAAAGGAUUCGGACAACGCUACCAAUGCAACCUUUGUGGCAACGAAUUGCACAAAGAGUGUAAAUCCCCCAAAGCUACCAUCACCCAUGAGUUUUUCGCGCGCUCAACUUUCACAUUCCGCGAGAAGCCCUUCACGAGGUAUGGUUUCAAUCACCAAAGAGAAUUCUCCAAAAUCUGCGACGCGUGUGGGAAGGAAAUUCGUGGGUUUAGCUACCAUUGCGAAGAGGACAACCUCGAUGUCCACCCUUAUUGUCUAAACCUCGAAAAAAAUGUUUUGAUCAGUAAAGACACCGUGUUCAACCUCGAGGCCAAUGUGGUGUCGAAAUGCAUAUGGUGUAAGAAAAAGAAGAUUUCGGACGAUAGCCGGGGCGUUCUUGGAUGGUCGUAUAUCUCCACUUGUAGGAAGUAUCAUUUUCAUGUUUAUUGUAUGGCGGAGAUGGCGCACGAGGCGUGCGUGAGGAGUGGCGGGGAGAUGGUGUUGGAGAAUGUCGAGCUUCGGAGUUUGGCGAAGAAAAGAAGUCGUCGAAAGAUGGUUGUGGUUGAGAUGAUCAAGUCGAUCCUAAAGAUUGUGUUCGCAGCUCUUUUGGGUGAUCCGACGGUUCUGAUUUCGAGUGCUAUCGUCGAAUUACUUUCUCGUGGAUUAUCUUAAACCCUGAAUCCUAUACUUAAAACAUUAGGAUUUCAUGUUAUUCAAACGUAAGGUUUGAAAUUAGGGUUUGAUGGGUGUUUGAAAUUAGGGUUUCCAUGUGUGCUUCAAAUUUAGGGUUUGAUGUGUGUUUGGAAUUAGGGUUUUCAUGUGUGCUUCAAAUUAGGGUUUUGAUGUGUGUGUUUCAUAUUAGGGUUUUAGAUUUUCUUUUAAUAUGUAAGCAUACGUACACGUAUAC